AAGAAAAAAAAAAGCAAAGUUAUACCCUGAUCCAAAGUCUACAGAUCUGGCGAUCAGGCAUGAACCCCAUCACAGAGCUCGUCAGCCGUCUGAUCGAAAAACACUGGCCCCCCUCAAUUUCUUUCUAGGGUUAUACACACUCUGGUACAUUCGUUUCGACCCCUUUUUUGCAACCAUAAACGAUCGAUCUUGAUCGAACACCAUGCCUCUCCGGCGGCGAGACGACGACGACGACGACGAGGAGCUCGAACCCGAGGAAGACGAAGAGGAGGCUCUCGAUGAGGAGGAUGAUGAUGAUGAUGGCAGAGGUGGUGGCGGCCGUAAGCGGCGGAGAUCGGAGUUCAUAGAUGAUGCGGCGGAGGAGGAGGAGGACGAGGAGGAGGAAGAGGAUGAUGAGGAGGAUGAUUUUGAUGGCGGCGGCGGUGGUCGUCGCGGUCACCGUGCGAAGAGGCGGUCCGGGUCUCAAUUCUUCGACCUCGAAGCUGCGGUGGAUAGCGAUGAGGAUGAGGAGGAGGAAGAAGGCGAAGACGACUUCAUAGUAGAUGGUGGAGCUGAGCUACCAGAUGAAGAUGAUGGCAGAAGGAUGCACCGUCGCCCAUUGCUACCAAGGGAGGAGGACCAAGAAGAUGUUGAAGCUCUCGAGAGAAGUAUUCAGGCAAGAUAUGCCAGAUCAAGUCACACAGAAUAUGACGAGGAGACAACAGAUGUUGAACAACAAGCUCUUUUGCCAUCCAUCAGGGAUCCAAAGUUGUGGAUGGUGAAAUGUGCGAUUGGUCGUGAGCGGGAGGCAGCUGUUUGCUUAAUGCAGAAGUGUCUUGAUAAAGGAUCUGAGCUUCAAAUUAGGUCAGCUGUAGCCCUUGAUCAUCUCAAAAAUUACAUAUAUGUUGAGGCAGACAAAGAAGCCCAUGUGAAGGAGGCUUGCAAGGGUCUGCGUGUAAUAUAUACACAUAUUAAAAUAACACUCGUUCCAAUCAAAGAAAUGACUGAUGUUCUUUCAGUAGAAAGCAAAGCAAUUGAUCUUUCCAGGGAUACUUGGGUCAGACUGAAGAUUGGAAAGUAUAAAGGGGACCUGGCAAAAGUUGUGGAUGUGGAUAAUGUGCGGCAAAAAGUAACAGUGAAAUUAAUCCCACGUAUUGAUUUACAGGCUAUUGCAAAUAAAUUGGAAGGUCGGGAAGUUCCAAAGAAGAAGGCAUUUGUUCCUCCUCCACGUUUUUUGAACGUUGACGAAGCUAGAGAAAUGCAUAUACGUGUGGAGCGUAGACGAGACGCAAUGACUGGUGAUUACUUUGAGAAUGUAGGCGGAAUGAUGUUCAAGGACGGUUUCUUAUAUAAACUUGUAUCCAUGAAAUCAAUUAGCACUCAGAACAUACAACCAACUUUUGAUGAACUCGAGAAAUUUCGGCAACCUGGUGAGAAUGGAGAUGGAGAUAUGGCUGGUUUGACAACUUUGUUUGCGAACAGAAAGAAAGGCCAUUUUAUGAAGGGUGAUCAAGUUAUUGUUGUCAAGGGAGAUCUCAAAAAUUUGAAAGGAUGGGUUGAGAAAGUUGAGGAAGACAACGUUCAUAUCAGACCAAACGCGGAGGGCCUCCCAAAAACUCUUGCUGUAAAUGAAAAAGAGCUUUGCAAGUACUUUGAACCUGGGAAUCAUGUGAAGGUUGUCUCUGGUGCAUCAGAAGGUGCUACUGGUAUGGUUAUAAAGGUUGAGGGGCAUGUAGUUAUCAUUUUGUCUGAUACAACUAAGGAACAUAUACGUGUAUUUGCUGAUAAUGUUGUGGAAAGCUCCGAGGUAACUUCCGGUGUUACCAGAAUUGGGGACUAUGAGCUUCAUGAUCUUGUUAUGCUGGAUAAUAUGAGCUUUGGGGUAAUCAUACGCGUAGAAAGUGAAGCUUUCCAGGUUCUGAAGGGGGUCCCAGAUAGGCCGGAGGUUGCACUUGUUAGAUUAAGAGAGAUCAAAUGCAAGCUCGAUAGGAGAACUUUUGCACAAGAUCGGUCCAAGAACACCAUAGCUGUGAAAGAUGUGGUUAGGAUUCUUGAAGGUCCAUGCAAAGGAAAACAAGGUCCUGUUGAACAUAUUUUUAGAGGAAUUCUGUUUAUUUAUGAUCGUCAUCACCUUGAGCAUGCGGGCUUCAUAUGUGCUAAAUCCCAGUCUUGUGUGGUGGUUGGUGGAUCACGUGCAAAUGGCGACAGAAAUGGUGAUUCAUUGGCUUCAAGAUUUGCUCAUCUUAGAACUCCACCUCGUGUUCCUCAAUCUCCAGGGAGAUCGGCUAGAGGCCCUCCGAUGAACUCUGGAGGAAGGCAUAGAGGUGGAAGAGGAGGACAUGACGCUUUAGUUGGUACCACGGUAAAAGUUCGUCAGGGUCCUUUCAAGGGAUAUCGUGGACGUGUUGUAGAUGUUAAAGGUUCAUCAGUAAGGGUUGAGUUGGAGUCUCAGAUGAAAGUUGUUACAGUUGAUCGCCAUCAUAUUUCCGAUAACGUAGUCGUUUCAACUCCAUAUCGUGGCGCUCCUCGAUAUGGAUCGGGAAGUGAGACCCCCAUGCAUCCUUCACGAACUCCAUUACAUCCGUAUAUGACUCCUAUGAGAGAUCCUGGAGCAACACCUAUUCAUGAUGGCAUGAGGACCCCUAUGCGCGACAGAGCAUGGAAUCCAUACACACCAAUGAGUCCACCAAGGGAUAAUUGGGAAGAUGGAAACCCUGGUUCCUGGGGUGCAAGUCCACAGUAUCAGCCAGGAAGUCCUCCGUCAAGGGCAUAUGAGGCACCUACUCCCGGUUCAGGUUGGGCCAACACUCCCAGUGGCAAUUAUAGUGAAGCUGGAACACCAAGGGAUAGCAGUCAUGCCUAUGCUAAUGCCCCAAGCCCUUACCUGCCAUCUACUCCUGGUGGACAGCCGAUGACACCAAGUUCAGCUUCAUAUCUUCCUGGCACCCCUGGAGGGCAACCAAUGACACCAAGUGGUGGUUUGGAUAUUAUGUCUCCUGUUGUAGGUGGGGACAACGAAGGACUUUGGGUAUUGCCAGACAUAUUGGUCAAUGUACGCAGAUCUGGUGACGACAGUGCCAUCGGAGUUGUCCGAGAGGUGUUCCCGGAUGGUUCAUGUAGGAUAGCCCUUGGAUCAAGUGGGAAUGGUGAAACAUUAACUGUCCUUCCCAAUGAAAUUGAAAUAGUGGUACCAAGGAAAUCGGACAAGAUUAAGAUCAUGGGAGGUGCACAGCGUGGGUCUACCGGAAAGCUGAUUGGUGUUGAUGGUAGUGAUGGAAUCGUUAAGGUAGAUGACACUCUUGAUGUUAAGAUAUUGGACAUGAACAUUCUUGCCAAACUAGCACAACUGUGAUCUUUGUAGUUAGUGUAAACACAAAUUAGGUCAUAUUCUCAUUUGCAUAUUGACAAAUUUCGAAAGUGUAUAUUUUUAUUUUAUUGAUUUCCAAGUUUUGUAUGGCUUUGUGAGAUGUUUUGGCUCUCUCUCAUGAGCUCUGUAUGUUGUGUGUAACCUUUUUUUUUAAUUUUUAAAUAAGAAAGAAUUUCCCCGUCCUUUUUUUCGGAGAACAC